ACAUCAUAUAUACCCCAAAAAACAGCAACUCACCCCAUUUAUUAGCAUCAACCAUAUUGAUUUUUUCAAACCAUGCUCUUCUCGUGCCUCUUUCUCUCCACCUCCAUGAACUAGUCAAUCUUUUUUAUUAUCAUUAUUAUUAAAUAUAAUACUUUCUUGUGCAUAUAAUCUCUACACAUAUAUACAGUGCUAUACUAGCUUAGCCAUACAAACAAAUUUUAAGCAUUUUUGAGGGAGAGAGAGAGAGAGAGGUCCAUUCAUGGCUGCCUGUGGAAGUCUACAACACAUCUUUGAAAAACCAUUACCAGAAAACCCUACACUUCUUGAAUCCCUUUCUCCAUGGAACCAAAUCAAGCCUGUAAAUAAGCCAAACAUUGACCAAUCCUCCUUCACUGAAAUCUUUGGUGAGCUUCAUUUCAAAGAGAGCAGUUCUCUAUUAUCAUCAUCAUCUUCUUCUUCUGCUUCUUCUUCAUCCUCUUCUGUGAUAGAUUUAGACUCGAAAUCCAAGAAAACCUCAUCACCAUUUGAAAACUCUUUCUCAAGCUCAUCAAAGUACACAAGCUCUCACAAAAAGAGUGACAGUUUCUCCUUGAAGAGCUUCGAAAGUCUGCAACUUUGUACAGAGGGACUUGGUUUUGAGAGCUCCGGUGAGGUUGAUGAUUUGAUGUUGAAGAACAAUAACAACAACAAUUCUAUAAAGGAAGAAGAUGACGAUGAUGAUGAUCAUAACAAGGAUGAGGGGCAAAAGCCAGUGGAGAAAGAAUUGAGUGUUGGAGAGAAUUCUACUAACUUCAGUGAAAUGGUUCAGAGAUCGAGGAGGAUGACGGCGAUGACAACCACCACCGCCACCGCCACCGGAGGAGGAAGAUUUCCGCCACCGAUAUCUUGUUUGAGCAAGAGUAAUGGGAAGCCUUGGAUUUGCUUCAAGUCUUAUAGACAAGAUGGGAGGUUUGUGUUGAAAGAGGUGAGAGUUCAAAGCCAGGAGUUUUUGCAUGCAUGCAGGGAAGAUGGUCGUCUGAAGCUUCAUUUUGUUCAGCCAAAAAACGAAAUUGUGGAGGACGAAGAUGGCGAAAACGAAGAAGAAGAAGAUGAAGAAGAAGAAGAUGAUGAUGAUGAACAAGAGGAGAGUGGUAAGGAUGUUGCUGAUGAAGAUAGUGAGAAUGUAAGGUCUGAAUUAGGCCACACCACAGAUGAAUAAGGAAAAGGAUAUUUCAGUACAAAAAAGAUUGUAAGUGGAGUAUAGAUUUCCAUGUAAGGUUCGUUUUCUUCUUCAAAUAAUUAAGAGGAAAUAAAAGUGAAAAUCCCUUCUUCUUUUUUCUGUGACAUGUCUAAUUUGGUUUGGAUCUGGUAAGGUAAUACAAUCUGUUGUUUUCUUUUUCUA